AUGUCGACAUGUCGCAAAUUCCUGGGAACAGCCGUUCUCGAUGACCAUUUAUAUGCGGUAGGGGGACAAGAUAAGUCCAACUGCCACCUGAAUUCGGCCGAGGUAUACAACCCAAGCACUAACGAAUGGACCGCUGGGGCCGACAUGAACAAGCAACGAUCUGGUCUAGGGUUGGUCGUUGCUAAUGGAAGAUUAUAUGCUCUUGGAGGGACCGACGGCUCUGCUGACCACGAAACAGUGGAAGUUUUUGAUGUUCAAACAAAUCAGUGGACAAAUCACAGUCGCAUGAAUGAGGCGUGA